AUGUGGCAACGUUCCUUCCUCGCGGCUUUCUUGCUCUGGUUCCUGUCCUCCCGAUGGGCGCCCGCGGCGGAGGCGGCGCCGGCGACGUGCUCCGGGAUCGUGCGGAUGAAGGGCCGGGCGGAGGCAAUAUCCAUCAUCGACUUCGGAGGGGUCGGGGACGGCAAGACGCUGAACACCUGGGCCUUUCGGAAGGCCAUCUACCGGAUCCAGCACCUCCGAAAACGCGGCGGCACGCUGCUGUACGUUCCUCAGGGCGUGUGGCUCACGGGGAGCUUCAAUCUCACCAGCCACAUGACCCUGUUCCUCGCCAAGGGCGCCGUCAUCAGGGCUACCCAGGUCGACUAUAUUCUCUCCCUCUCGUCCCUCCCUACCUGCUCCGCCAUUAACAUAUUUCAGGGCCCCCACGGUCGUCUGGGGGCUCUUCUUCCUCGCCAUACAUCGCCCCCGCCGGACUUUGAUGUCAUCGUCUCCGUGUCUCCAUUAGGAUCCCCAGAUUUUCUUGCCUCCGCCAUGAUUCGCCGUCGCACGGCGAGCGUAGAGAAUCCGGGUACUGUGUCUUCUUCUUGCUCCUCAUCUCGACAGCUGCGUGGGAAGGGUCUCCGCACAUUCUUGCAAUUUUUGAAAAAUGGAGUCAACCCACCUGAAUCUCGGGUUGAAGUCAGAUCCUCUGUCCGAAUUCUGUGAAUUGUUUCAUAUUUGGGAUCAUUCAUCCUCCGUUCAUUGCUUCUCCCAAGGAGGUCCAAAGUCUCCCCUUUUUCAGGGUAGAAAUCAAACUCUUGUAUUUGCAUUGACUUAUUGAACCAUCUUCAACGCAUCCGUCUCCAGGACACCAUGGGCUGGCCUCUGAUAGAUCCCUUGCCAUCUUACGGAAGAGGCAGGGAGCUGCCCGGAGGAAGAUACGUCAGUCUGAUUCAUGGUGGUGGCGUGCGCGACGUGAUCAUAACAGGUGCGUCCAGAUUACCCUCUUCUUACAUUGAUCGCCUGCUCACAGUCUGUUUAGCAGUCUAAACCUUUUGACUUUCCGUAUAUCGUCGACGACCUGCUGGUUGUUCGAGUAGUUGACGAUUUUCGUACGUUUUUUUGGCCGAAGAUCUCGUGACCUCGGAUCUUUUCGCGUCGCUCUUUCGUAAUUCAAACGGUUCUGGAAUGAUAUACGGCUUGAAUAUUCUCGAUUACGCCGCCAAAAAGUCAAAGCUUGCCGACACGAGGGCUGAGCUGAAAGAAAUCUGUUCUUUGUGAGCAGGUGAGAAUGGGACCAUCGACGGCCAGGGUGAUGUGUGGUGGAACAUGUGGAGGCAGAGGUCCCUUCGCUUCACGAGACCUAAUCUCGUGGAGUUCGUUCAUUCCAGAGACAUCAUUAUCUCUAAUGUGGUCCUGCUGGACUCCCCUUUCUGGAACAUCCACCCUGUUUACUGCAGGUGAGCUCCCCCCCCCCCAAGAACACCCAUGAUCAUCUGCCCUAAUCAUGCAGUAUAGAUAACUCGUGGGGUGGGGUUGUUCUUGCUCCUUUUUCAUGCAGCAACGUGGUGGUGAGAUUUGUGACGAUACUGGCGCCCAGGGAUUCCCCGAAUACCGAUGGAAUUGACCCAGGUCUCCAGAUUCUGCCGUUUUUUAUUUUCUUUCUUGGCUUUCUGGUUCAGAAAUUUGAUUUUCUUUGCUCUGCAGAUUCGAGCUCCGAGGUCUGCAUAGAGGACUGCUUCAUCUCCACCGGGGACGAUCUGGUGGCGGUGAAGAGCGGGUGGGACGAGUACGGCAUAGCCUACGGCAGACCGAGCUCAGAAAUCACCGUGAGGCGCAUAACCGGCUCCUCCCCCUUCGCCGGAAUCGCCGUCGGCAGCGAGACCUCCGGGGGGGUGAAGAACAUCCUCGUGGAGCACAUCACCCUCUUCGACGUGGGCAUCGGCGUCCACGUGAAGACCAACGCCGGCAGAGGAGGGUACAUCAAGAACGUGACCAUCUCCGACGUGAGCGUCAGCGGCGCCCGCAAGGGGCUGCGCAUCGCGGGCGACGUCGGCGACCACCCGGACGACGGCUACGACCCCGCCGCCGUGCCGGCGGUGGACGGCGUGACGAUCAGGAACGUGUGGGGGGAGAAGAUCCUGCAACCGGGCUCCAUCGAGGGAAUCAAGAACGCGCCUUUCACCCGCGUUUGCCUCUCCAACGUCAAGCUCUUUGGGGAGGGCCCCGGGGAGGUCCCCUGGAAGUGCGGCGCCGUCACCGGCGCCGCCCUCGGGGUGCAGCCGGGGCCCUGCCCGGACCUCACUGCCACCGCCGACGCCAUGGGAUUCUGCUCGGGAGCCUUCUGA